AUGAUGCGGCGUGCCCUCCGCCAGGAGCUUCACGCUCUUUUUUUGAGCAGUUCUUUUCGGUCGUACACCGACGCCAAGACAAUUCGUACGCCAACCCAAUUCGAUCAGCUGCUUGACGCGCAGAACGAGGCGUACGUGAAUGGGCUGUUGCAGCAGUACAAGAGGGACCCCACGCUGGUGGCGCAAAGCUGGAUUCCGGUGCUGGAGAACCUGGAGAAUGCGCCCCUCGAGAUGCCGCUUGUCUCUAGCUUCCAUCGUCCCAAUCCGGCGCUGACGCUAACAGAGCGAGAACGGAUUAAAAACAUGAGCCUCUCAUGGAUGAUUCGAUCAUUUGAAAGAAAAGGGCAUUACGUCGCCAACGUAAACCCGCUUCAAGGCGUGGAAGGAGGGCCCUCGUAUCCUAUUGACCCAUCCUCCCUGGACCCGUCAAGUUUUGGUUUUACGGAGGCGGAUCUUGAGGAAGUUUUCUACGUCGCGUUGAGCCGCAACUUGGAGGCGACCUUUGUGAGCAGCGAUAGAGGGCACAGGCUAAAAAGCAUUGUGGAGCAUCUGCGACGCAUGUACUGCGGCAGCAUUGGCUUUGAAUUUAUUCCCACCGGAACACUUGAUGUGGAAGACUGGUUUCGUCAGGAGAGCCUGAACACGCUGAUCCCGCUGGAGCGGCACGAUCGUCUGAACAUCUUCGAGGACGUUGUACACAGCUGCGGGUUUGAGCAGUUUUUGCAUCUGAAGUACGGCACCCAGCAGCGCUUUGGCAUUGAUGGUGCUGAGGCACUGAUUCCAGCGAUGCGGGCGAUGAUUCAGACAGCCUACAACAACGGCGUCAGAUCCUGUACGCUCGGCAUGGCGCACCGCGGCCGCCUCAACGUGCUGUCGAAUGUACUGCAGAAGCCGCUGACGGCCAUCUUCUGUGAGUUUGAGGGAAAGGUACCGAAGGAUAAGGCACCCAGCAUUGGCGAUGUGAAGUACCACUUGGGGCUUCGCAAGCGUGUUAAGCUGCGCAACGGUGGAUUUAUGGAUCUUGAUCUUUUGCCCAAUCCCUCCCAUCUGGAGGCGGUGAAUCCGCUUGUCAUUGGCAAGGCCCGUGCCCGGCAGUUCUACGAAAAAGACACGGACUACACGGCGGUGCUCCCUAUCCUCAUCCAUGGGGAUGCCUCCAUCAUGGGCCAGGGAUGCUGCUACGAGACGGUGGGCCUUUCAAGUCUGGAAAACUACAAUGUCGGCGGCACAAUCCACAUUAUUGUGAAUAACCAAAUUGGUUUCACAGCCAUCCCCGAGCAAAGCCGCAGUAGUAUUUACUGUAGCGAUUUAUCCAAGGUGACUAAUACCCCUGUUUUACAUGUCAAUGGCGACAAUGUGGAGGCGUGCGUCCGCGCAGGUCGCAUUGCGGCUCUUUUCCGCCAGAGUUUUCACAGGGAUAUUAUUAUUGAUCUGGUCUGCUACCGCCGCAAUGGCCACAAUGAGGCCGAUUUUCCUGAUUUCACGCAACCGCAGCUGUACAAAUACAUCCGUAAGCAUCCCAUUUUGGUGGAUAUAUAUGCCAAGCAACUCGUUUCAGAGGGUGUUCUUACAGAGGAUACCGUAAAGUUUAAAAAGAAUGAAUACAAUUCACAACUGCGUCAGGCGAUGGAUUCCGCGCAAAGUUCACAGGACUUUGUUACAAUCUUGCCGCACUUUCGACUGGCCUCAGAGAAUCAGGCAGAGAUGCUGGAAUUGCAGGAGGAUGAAGAGGAAGACCUUCCAAUGGCGGUUGAAACAGGCGUGGAGAUGGAUACGCUUCACAAGGUUGGUAUUCACAUUACCACGGUCCCAGCCGCCGUCAGGAGGACGCACCCCGUGCUGCACCGCACGUAUGCCUCUCGAAAGAAGGCAAUUGAAUCCGGUGACGGUGUGGAGUGGUGCUUGGGGGAACUGUUGGCGUUUGGAACGUUGGCGCUUGAAGGCGUAGGUGUGCGUCUCUCAGGUGAAGACGUGGAACGCGGUACUUUUACGCAACGGCAUGCGGUGGUCACGGACCAGCAGACAAACUUAAAGUACACCCCUGUGGCCACCAUAUCGGAAAAGCAAGCGCCAGUGACGAUUUGUAACAGCAGCCUGUCCGAGUUGGGGGUCUGUGGGUUUGAAUGCGGAUAUAACAUAGAGGAUCCAUCCAACCUAUGCAUGUGGGAGGCCCAGUUUGGUGACUUUGCCAAUGGGGCUCAGGUGAUUAUUGAUCAAUUCAUCUCCUGUGGGGAGGAAAAGUGGGACAUGAAAUCCAGUAUUGUAUUGUCGCUUCCACACGGUUAUUCUGGCGCUGGGGCAGAGCACAGCUCUGCCCGCAUUGAGCGUUACCUGCAGCUGUGCAGUGACACAGACGUGGUUCCUGCCAACUUCCGUCAGGCUUCUCCUGCGCGUAUGAUGGAAGCACGCAUUCAAAAGUACAACUGGCAAGUCUGCUACCCCAGCACGCCCGCCAACUACUUCCACAUGCUCCGCCGCCAGGUGGUACGGGAGGGUGUGAAGCCUCUCGUCUUUUUCUUCUCCAAGGCCCGACUGCGUCCCCCGAAUGUGUCCUCGCUGAAGGAGAUGGAAAAGGGGACGUCCUUCUUGCCGGUUAUUGACACCGCCGAGAGGAGCGACGUUGUGCCACGCAAGGUACUCUUCUGCUCAGGUCAGAUUGAGAGCAUUGUGCAUGAUCGUCGCCAAAAGCUUCGUGAAGCCACCCCCGGCGUACACGAGGACGUGGUGCUGGUGAAGGUGGAGCAACUUUCCCCCUUCCCAUGGGAGCAGGUCGCCGAUGUCUUGGAAAAGUACCACCGCCGCAAUCCAAACGUUGAGUUUGCGUGGCUGCAGGAGGAACCCAAAAACAUGGGGGCAUGGGCUUACGUACGCCUACGCUUCCAGAGUCUCAUGCGCCACCUCGGUCUCACGACACCUGAGAGUUUCUUGAAGUACAUUGGACGACCGGCGGCGGCGGCACCAUCUACGGGUUACGGCGCCGUUCAUGUGGAGGAGGAGAAGGAACUCGUUGCCCAAGCAUUGGCGUAG